CGUGUCCACUCCUCUAACAGCUGUGGACAAGCGGGUGUCAAGAAGAGUGAAAGCAAAGAUGAUUUCCCUCACCGACUCCCAAAAGAUUGGAGUAGGGUUAACAGGAUUUGGUGUAUUUUUCCUGUUCUUUGGGAUGAUCCUGUUUUUUGAUAAAGCCUUACUAGCCAUAGGAAAUAUCCUUUUUGUUGUUGGCCUGUCAUUCGUCAUUGGGCUGGAAAGAACGUUUAGGUUCUUCUUCCAGAAGCACAAGAUGAAAGCCACCAGCUUCUUUUUGGGGGGCGUGUUCGUGGUGCUGAUCGGCUGGCCCAUCUUAGGAGUGAUUCUAGAGUUUUAUGGCUUCUUUCUUCUAUUUAGGGGGUUCUUUCCGGUGGUCAUUGGUUUUAUCAGAAGGAUUCCUGUACUUGGAUAUUUGCUGAAUUUUCCUAUCCUAAGUGGGCCUUCCAAAGGCUGAGCGGACAGUCAGACAUCUUGUAUGUGGACAAAAUGAGCGAAAGCAACAACAUGGUUUAACAAAGACUGCGUUUUUUUGUUAUUUAUGGAAUGGAUUUUCUAAGGUCAUUGCCGAAGCAUUAUAGUCAAGCGAAUUUCCAUUUUAUGGAUGACGUCAGGUUUGAGUGUAUCUACGACAACAAAAAGCUAACUCUGUGGCAUGGAAAAGAAGCCAUGGCCACUUCCUGCACAGCAAAUCUAUGGAGCGGCGUCACAUGGCCCAGCAUGCUGCACCCUGGAGGAUCACAAAGUGUAUACUUCAUAAAUGCAUACUUCAUGAUGAAGUCAGCAGAGGCUAUUUCGUGAGGGACAGUUUAUUGAAUGUGUUUAAGAAUAUUGGUUUCUAUUGACUUCUGAAAGUCUGUAUUCUGUUAUGACAACCUUGGUAGGCUGUUGUGUAUGUAGUGUGUAUUAUUUUAAAGAGGCAAAUUCUAAAUGUUUCCUUUUUUGCUGUUACAUCUGUUAACAAGAGCCGUAUUUACACUUUCUUGUAAACAUGGAGGUUUAGAAGUGACAGCGUAUAGACUAACAGCCAGAUGUUGUUUUCUUUUUAUCAUUGUAGAAUCUCAGCACUGGGAUUGGAUAAUGGUUCAGCUGCCAUGAACUUUUGUAAAUAAAAUGCAUAUAUAUUUAAAAAUA